AUGUCAUCCAACGCCCUCCGCAUCGUCCCCGCAACCACGCACGAAACCACCUUCAGCCACAUCGCGUCCCGCACCGCCGGCGCCCCGUCCGCCCCCGGCCUUCACGACACGCUCCGCGCCGGCGUCGGGCCCUCCCCGCUCACCACGGGCGCGGACAAGCCCAUCUCGGCGCACCCUCUCGAAGCCCGCCUCAAGGCGUGGGAAUCGACGCGCGAGGCGCUGCGCAUGGAGACGCUGCGGCGGGCGUACGGGGUCGCGGAGCCGGUGCGGCGGCAGAUGGAGCUCAAGAUCGCGCGCGAGGGCCAGUGGAAGCCGAUGGCGCUGGGCGGGAAUGGGGGUAAUGUUGGGGGGAUGGGGAGCGUGCAUGAGGAUAUCCUGGCGGGGCGGGACGAUACGAUCGCGUGGGAGGAUGUGUUUACGGGCGAGGAGGGUCGGGCGUCGGUUGGGGUGCAUGAGGAGAUGGAGAGGAAGUUGAAGAUGUGA